AUGCCUCAUCCAAAUAGGUCCCUCAGCUCGCCGAGCCUGCGAGAUCACCAUAAGCAGGCCUUGGACGAGCUUCCUUUCUCUCGAAACCCCUCAAUGCCUCAUUCGAACUCCCCUCCUCACAAUCAUUCCGCCCGAAGACUCUGCCCCCGCCGUCCUCGCCCAUCCGUCGCGUCAAUAGCAGAUAUUUUUGUCGGCUCAUUGCUUCUGGCAAGCUUCUGCCACGAGCACUCUCCAAGCCGUCGAGGAAUCUCUACAGUGUCAUGGACCCCAUCAGGCCGUAAUUCACACAGUUUUCGAACCCAAGGGGCGCCUUGUCGCCGGCAGCAAUCCCGACGGCCGCCAGAAUAUUCAAGACCAAGUUUGAACCUAUCGCAACAUCAAAGGUGGAUCAGCCACGGGCUGGCGCGCACAAAAGAUGAGGAUGUGGAGGAGAGCAAUACACAUGCCGAUUUACGAAGGGAGGCGGAGGAGGACGAUGAUUAUAUACCCUUGUCGCCGGCAACCAGCGACACCGAGACCCAAAACCAACCCCAAAGAUUUAAUUUCACCUACACACAUGAUAUCGACCAAAGGAUUUAUCCGUCAAGUUCUACCUCACUUGACAUUGACAGAACAGAGGGAUUCCCUCGCCAAUCGUUUCCGUCCUGGCGGCAUCCCGAGAAAGACAGGCGCAUUUCUACCUCCAAACUUUACCAACGAGCAUUGGCCGGUCACAACUGGAAGGAAGCAGUGACUGCGGUAGCUCCGCGUCCGCGUUUCGGGAAAGUACAGAAAGCCACGCCGUCACUCGAUCAAACGGAUAUUGACUCAGUCGCGGCGCUUGUCAGAACAUUAUGGGGAGAAACCAAUCCUUCCACUCAGUAUUUGUUCAGACUGUACAGAGAGCUUCCUUCACCAGGUGUGGCAUUAUUGUCACAGCGCACUCGAGGUGCGCUUUUGCGCAUGUUCGCGCAACCUCGCAAUCGACGAUGGGUUGAUGCUCGCCGCUAUUUGGCGUUGGUGGACGACAUGGUAACGGCUAGGCUGCCUGUUUCGCUUUCGCUUUGGUCUUCUGCCAUUCAUCUUGCUGGACGGGCAAAUGGCAAGGUCAUGAAACGAGAUCUUAUCAGAGCUAUUGGCUUGUGGCAGAGAAUGGAGCAUGUUGGAGGAGUGAAGGCUGACGAGGUUGUUUUCAACAUCCUGUUUGACAUCGCAAUCAAAGCUGGCGCAUUCCAAGUUGCUGAACGUCUCGAGGAGGAGAUGGCUGGGCGGGGCAUGGGAUUUUCAAGAUGCGGGAAGGUGUCCAAAAUCUACUAUUUUGGACUGAUGCGAGAUGCACAUGGCAUACGACAUACAUUCAAUGAGUUUAUAGACUCCGGAGAACUCGUUGAUACUGUUGUCAUGAACUGUCUCAUUGCCUCUUUUCUCCGAGCCGGCGAGACACAAACGGCAGAACAGCUCUAUGCUCGCAUGUUGGAGCAGCACCAAAGCAAAGACACGAAUCUUUCGCUUUCCAACCACUCAGAAUCACCCAUUGAUGCGCCUAAUCUGGGCUACGAUAUGCCUCAGUAUCGACAGAGAGUGCGGACCUUGGGCCGUGUGUUGAAGAAGUCAGCAGCACUCAAAGAAAAGUUCCCUGAAUACCAUCGUGCUCUCCAAAACUCUCUACCAAUGAGGCCUGAUACCCGCACAUUCCAUAUUUUUCUUCGACACUAUGCGCACAGUUCUGGUCAGCUUGAUAGCUUCAUGGCUGUCAUGCGGGACAUGGAAAAGACUUUUUCGGUACCCCCACGUGCGAUCAUCUAUCUGUUUCUUUUCGAGGGCUUUUCUCUGCAUGGCCGAAAAAAGAAGCAAUGGAACGCGGAAAACCUCCGUCUGACAUGGCAUGCCUACAUCCGGGCUUUGCGGGAUUCAAAUGCAAGACUUCGCGGGCUUUAUCUUAACAACCACAAGAUGACAUGGGAAAACCCGCUUGCUACAAGCGUCGCAACAGAUGUGGUUGAAGAUGUUCCUGUCACCGACGCCCCAAAUGGACUCUACGUGUCUCUGCCAUCAACAGACACGGAAGUGAACGCCGAACCGGGCACGGACGAACCAACCGAAGACUCUGCCCAGGCCAGUCCUUCUGACGAUGACCAAAAGAUUAACUCUCAGUUGGAGGAAGCAAAUGAGGUCUCUGCCAUCGACGAAAUUGAUCCCAAUGAGGUCUUUGCUCCCCCUUCGGAGUUCCCAGAGGCCGACGAGACUCCUUGGGACCCAGAGAAGCGCGUCGAAAAUGGCGUUUUCGUUGGGCGCCGGAUGAUUAUCAAUAUCCUGCAAGCCUUUGGAACAUGCUGUGGCCCUCAAGAGGUCCUAGAGGUUUGGUUGCAACUCGAGCGACUGUGGCAUCCAAAUCAACGCACAGCCAACGACGUUCUAAUUGUCAAGGAUGAGCUUGAUAGGCAGAUGUCCAGGGGUCCGCAAAAGAAUCGCUAA